AAAUAAUAUAAUAAUAAUAGUAAUAAUAAUAAUAAUAAUAAUGAAAAACAAUCUACCACAGUAUUUAAUUUUUAAAAUAAUCGAAUUUUUAUAUGUAGAUUUCGAAUUAUUCAAAAUCGAAUUUAAAAAAGAUUCACACUUUUCAAAAUCCGAAAAAAAAGAAUUAAUAAAAAAAAUCAACUAUAAUAAUUUUUUAAAUAAAUUAAUAGUUUCAAAAAAAUGGUAUAAUUAUAUAAAAAACAAUUGUUCAAAAUCAUUUGAAAUAAAAAUACACGAUAUUAUUCAAAAUUAUCAGUUUACCAGCUUUUCAAUUUAUCAAUUUAAAAAUAUAAAUAAAUUACAUUUAAAUUUCAGUAACUUCAAUAGUUUAAAAUAUAAAGAUCAAAAAUUAGAUAAAAUUUAUAAUUUUAUUGUGCAAUUCGAAAAUUUGGAAAUUAUUUACAUAGAAUGGUAUCCCCCAAUUUAUACACAUUUAAGAAUCCUGCUAAAGAAGCUAAAUAGUCUAAAUUCAAAUUUAAAAAUAGAUCUCAAAACCGAAGGUGAUACUGAUCAUCUUCAUAACAUAAAUAAUGGAGAU